GACGAUUACACGGUCGCGGACCAUCAGCUCGGCGCUGGCUACAACGGUGCGGUGAUGCUAGCCACUGACAAGGCCGGCAAGAAGUACGCUGUGAAGGCCUUCCGGCUGACCGGCGUCACCAAGGAGAAGAAGCAGGAGCUGGCCACCGAGGCAGAGAUCUUCCUCAGCAUGCGGGCCACCCCCACAUCGUGCGCCUCUACGACGUCUACGAGACGCCGGAGACCCUCAGCCUCGUCAUGGAGUGCAUGGAGGGCGGGGAGCUGUUCGACCGCGUGACCGAGCGGAAAAUAUUCAGCGAGAAAGACGCCGCCAGUACGACCAACCAGAUGUUGUUGGCCGUCAACUACCUGCAUGGUCGCGGUGUUGUUCACAGAGACUUAAAGUUAGAGAAUCUUAUUGGGAUGGGGACUCUCGGAAAGGACGCAGACUUCCUGAAGCUCAUCGACUUUGGACCGCUCUGCUGUAUGCUGCAUGUUUCUACACCUUCUAUUGCACAGGCGAGCGGGGACUACAUUCUGGUGUUUCGCCACUUCGCAAGACCCCGCUCGGCCCUCUCCUUGUGUU